AUGGCGUCGGCUCAGGUGCUGCCGAACAACUCUGCUUCGUCUCGGAAGCAAGAGCAUCUGGAAGCUGGCAAGCGUCGGCUGGAGGAGUUUCGUAAAAAGAAAGCUGCUGAGCGGGUCAAGAAGGCUGCAUCCUCUGGCUCUGUGCCCAAUUCUGAUGCCGGCCAAAAUCAGAAGGCUCAAAAAGAGCCUUCGGAAGUUGAAAAUGUUCGAAUUAAUGAUUCAGAUGAAGUUACCACAUCUGAUGGCAUCGGAGGAGAUGUUAUUGAGACUGGGACAAGUAACCAGAAAAAUGUGAAUUUGUUUAACCAAAGUAGUACUCAAGGGUCUUUAGCUGGUGCAACUAGUCUUGUGAGAAAUGAUCUUAAUACAUCUUCUACUAGUCUGGUGGAGGAACGUUCAGAUAUUGAUGAAGCUAAAAGAUAUAAUGCUUCUACUUUUAUUACAUUUAAUGAUGUUAGUCAAAACAGCAAGGCAAUCCACACCGGUGAUGUUGCUGGAUUUCCGUAUGGAGCAACAAACCACCAAAGUAAUUUUCUACGCUCGCAAGAAAGUCAAGAGAUCGAUAGCAGUACUAGUCAGUCUAUCCUUCAAGGAAUGAAUGAAAGCCAGUCAAACAAGAAUAACAGUUCUGUGAAGGGUUUUGCAGUUACUGAUGUCUCUUCUCCUUACUUUCCGUCAAAAAUCAUACGUGAGAACUCUGUUGAUUCACUACAGAAAACUAAACAGACAAAUUCUAGCACCUUCGAGAGUAGCUACUCACAUAGUUCGGCUUCUGGAGGCUUCAGUGAUUCUAUCAGUUCUUCUAUGUUUAGAGAGACCAUUAGAUCUGAUAGUGAUUUGCCUAGUCUUCAUGGUGCGACUAUACCUAAAUAUGAUUCCACUGGUUAUGAAGCAAGGGAUUCCUCUAACCACACACCAAUACAUUCAGUGUCAACAGAAUCAAGCUCUAGAAAGCUACGUGCUUCUUUUCUUGAUUCUAUAAAUGUGACUAGACCUUCUACUGGGUCUCCAUUUCAUCAACCAGAGCAAGAUGCCUCUAAGUCUAGUCAUUUAGAAUCAAGCAGCAACGGCACACCAGAAUCUACUUAUUUCCGUAAGCCACCUGAAGAGACUAAAACUGGGGGACUUUUCUCAAAUCUUAGAAAUGCUCCAGUUCUUAAUAAUAACCAGGACACAAUGAUGAUGAGUGCUAAGGAAAAUGGCAUGGAAAAAAAACAUGAUUAUUACUCAUCUUCACAAAAUGAAGACUUUUCUACUUUAGAACAGCAUAUUGAAGAUCUAACACAAGAAAAGUUUUCUUUGCAACGUGCUCUUGAGGCUUCUCAAGUAUUAGCUGAGUCACUAGCUACUGAAAAUUCAUCUCUGACCGACAAUUAUAACCAUCAGAGAAGUGUCGUCAAUCAAUUAAAAUCAGAAAUGGAGAACUUACAGCAAGAGAUCAAAGCACAACUGGUUGAGCUGGAAGCUAUCAGGAGUGAGUAUACAAAUGUGCAACUUGAGUGUAAUGCAGCUGAUGAGCGUGCCAAGUUAUUGGCAUCCGAAGUCAUUGGCUUAGAGGAGAAGGCCCUCAGACUAAGAUCAAAUGAGCUAAAGCUUGAGAAGCGGUUGGAAAUUGAACAAGCAGAAAUUUCUUCAUACAGAAAGAAAAUUUCCAGCCUUGAAAAAGACCGACAUGAUUUGCAGUCAACCAUUGAUGCUCUUCAAGAAGAAAAGAAGAUGUUGCUGUCUAAGGUGAGAAAGGUUUCAGGGUUUGGAAAAUCUGAGAGUAAAUCAAGUAAAAGAGAUGGUUCUACAUCUACCGACGAUUUAGUGAGUGAAGAUCCUGCUUCAAUCUCUUCCAACACAGAAAUCAAUGAAAAUGCUGCUAUUCGUGAUGCUGGAACAUCUAGUUUGUCUGCAGUUCCUGAAACUACACACUCUUCUUUUGGGGCAUCUUCUGUGAAUAUUCCUCAUGAUCAGAUGAGAAUGAUUGAGAAUAUUAAUGCUCUUAUUUCUGAGCUUGCACUAGAGAAAGAAGAAUUGAUGAAAUCCUUGGCAUUUGAAUCGUCUGAGAGUUCCAGAAUGAAGGAGAUAAACAAAGAGUUGUCCCGGAAGCUUGAGGUCCAGACACAAAGAUUAGAGCUUUUGACUGCUCAAAACAUGGUUAAUGAAAGUAUUGAAAAUGUUUCUACAAAGCAAACAGAUUCUCGGGCAACGUAUGAAAACAUCCCUUAUGCAGAUGAGGGCGAUGAGGUGGUGGAAAGAGUGUUGGGAUGGAUUAUGAAGCUAUUUCCCGGUGGUCCGUCUAAACGAAGAACUAGCAAGCUUCUUUGA